AUGUCUUCCGGCAACAACUCACCACCUCACGCGUCUCCGGGCCCCACGGACCGCCGGCGUGCCUCGAUCACCGGACAGACGUUUCAAGAUCUGUUCGGCCGCCCAGGCAGCUAUUCUGGACAGCAAGGUGGACGGUCAGGCCCCAUCACAACAGCUGCUGUCAACGCUCAGCAGCGGCGCCUUUCACUCACAACCAUUGGCCUAUCGGCAUCGCCGGGCCAGACGUCACCCUUCCUCGGCAACCCCCGCACACGAACUGAGAGCCUCUCCAGCGUCAACUCUGGCUCAGUGGACGAAAGUCCCUUCGAAGACGACUACGCCCCCUCCGCAUCCGCUCCUGGUAGCAACCCAGCCACCCCCUUCGCUCGACGGCUCAGCUUCGGUGCACGAGCACUGCGGGAUGUCAGGCAGGGCAGUGGUAGUGUUGGAAACCCAAAUGGUAGACCUUCCACCCAUAAAGCCUCUCCCCCGACUGGUGGUCGAGGACGAGGUCUGUCUUCAUUGUCGAAUUCUCUGCCCACUUCAGCACCCUUCCUGCACUCUUCGUCACCUCCUGGUCAUUCCUCGAGGCGUUCCAUAUCUAUAUCUUCUGUUUGGCCGCACACUAUCGCAGAGAAUGUCGAAGACUAUCCCGAGUAUGAACACUCGCUGACAUGGUCAUCCACAGGCGAAGGCUACAACUUCGCGGAGAACCUCCGCUCCCGAGCUGAGCGUGGCUCAAUCUCUGGCCCGUCUCCGAUGCUGAGCGCGCCUACUCACCAACGUGCGAAGAGUGUUGCCAUUAUGGAACCUCCCGUCCGUGAGAUGCCGAAGCAGCCGAAGCAACCAGACGCUAUGCAGGAGCGAAUCCUGAAGGGCGAUUUCUACAUGGAUUAG